AUGGUCAUCCAUGACAUAUUCACUUAUUUCCCCGGUUUACUUCGACCUAACUUUCUGAGGCUUUUGUGUCACGGCCCUGCCGAUGGAAUUUCGGUUUGCUCCGUCGCUAACUCAGUGCACAAAGAAGUCAAAUCAAGACUUUGUGGACCGUCGGUACGUCUUUUGGCAAUUUCAUAUGACCUGAACUUGAGCGAUAUUACGUGCACUGGACCUCAUGGAUCGUUGCUUAAGAGUGACGUGCUGAAUUACAUAAGCAAACACAACAUACCAAAGCUGUCGUUCGAAAGGAAGUCGGCGACAAGGAUGACCGAAAAAAUUCUUCCAGCAGCUGCGCCUAUAAACGUUGUAAAAUCAACGUUUUUGGACUCUUCCGUUGAUGACCUUCGAAGACAGCGUGCGGCGCAGUGUCUUGAGGCCAAGGUGAAAAAUGAGUUGUUGGUCGAACUAGCUGGUUUUGUCCUCAACAACUGA